UUAGCGAAUCGAUUAGUAAAUGGUGCGAAUGUUACGCGCAUUUAUAAUAGUAAUAUUCGCCACUAAUAUGGUUUCUCGUAAUAAUAUCUGGAAUCUCUUAAAGUAGACGAAAUUUAUUUCACUGUUGCGAUUGAUCUUGAUUAAUAGUAAAAUUCAAUUUUUGUAAAUGCGGCAAGACGAUUUACUUAAAGUUAUACAUAUUAAAUAUAUAAAUUAGCUAUAUAUUUGUGAUUAUUUUAUAUAUUUUCGAAUUGAUAGUUAAGAAUUAUACAUUUCAAAAGCAGACCAAUAAGAAAGCUCAAUUUACGUGUAUAUCUAAGAUUGAUGCAGGUUGAUUAUUGGUGUUUAAAUUGAAUACGAUAGCUUUAUAUUAUGAAAUGAAUAUAAUUGAAUGUUCUUUUUCAUAAAUUCGUACUGCAGUACAGAGUUGUCGACGUUUGAUUUCAGAUUUUGGCAACUGAUGUCUCAGUUUUAUCAAAUACAGUUCUUUUACGAUAAUCAAAUAAUAGAAAAUGAAUUUUGGCGGUUUCUUGUGGUUCGGGAUCCUUGUUAGUUUUCAAACGAAUUGUGUAAAAUGUGAAUUAUUCUCGUCAGAAACGUUAAAAACUAUUGUUUCUAAAUUUUAUACUGUAAUUUCGUAUGUACCGUGUCGAUUUAUGGAAUGUUGUUCCGAUGAAUAUGUUUCUCCUGAUAUGAAUAAGUUAGAUGAUAUUCUUAGCAAAGAAUUAUAUGGGCAAGAAAUUGCUCGUCAUAUAGUUGUAAAUGCCUUACGUGGCCACCUAAGUUCAUCUAAUCCUCCAAAAGCUUUAGCUAUGAGUUUUCAUGGCCCUCCAGGAACUGGUAAAACUUACGUGACUCAAAUGAUUGCUAAGUCCUUUUAUAAAAAUGGGGAUCGUAGUCAGUUUUAUCAUCUUUUCAAUGGUCGUAAUGAUUUUCCUUUGGAAAGAGAUCUAGAGCAUUACAAGGAAGAAUUACGUAAAACUAUUAUUAACAGUUUAAUAAAAUGUGAAAGAUCAUUGUUUGUAUUUGAUGAAGUGGAUAAAAUGCCAGAAGGUCUAUUGAAUGUUCUUGUACCAUUUCUGGAUUAUACAACAUGGUUCAAAUCAUGGAAAUUAAUGGGCAAUUCGUUAAACACAAGGAAAGCAGUUUAUAUAUUUUUGUCUAAUACCGGCAGUUCUCGAAUAAUAAAACGUUUAUUAACUUUAUGGGGAGAAGGGAAACACAGGCAUACAACUAAACUUCAUGAUUUUGAGAAUUUAAUAAGCGUUGGAGCCUUUAAUGAAAAAGGUGGCCUUUAUCAUAGCGAAACUAUAGAUACUAGCCUUAUAGAUCAUUAUGUGCCUUUCUUACCACUGGAAGAGGUACAUGUGAAGAAGUGUUUAAAAAAAGCUUUUUUAAACAGAGAUACCGUUCCUACUAAUGCUAUGAUGGAGGAAGGAUUGUCUUAUGUGAUUUUUGGACCUCCACCGCAUAAUCUUUAUGCAACAGCUGGUUGUAAAAGAUUAGAGCAAAAAGUAGCUUCUAUUAUAUAUGCCCAAAGGAAGAUAUCAAUAAAACAAGAAUUGUAGGAUUGUGUAAGGAA